CGUAGUUAUUUCAUAAGCUCUGGUAUAAAAAGGCAAUUCGCCCAAAACUUGUAAUUAGAAAUCGUGAUGGCAGCAAGGCAUUUAUUAAUUUUCGCGUGUGCGCUGUUGCUCUGUGUGCAGAACGCGUACAGUCUCUCGUGCUACAAGUGUGAAAAGGAGGCCUGUAAAGCAGAAGUGUCCAAAGAACAAUUUUGCACGACGGAAAAAGAUGUAUGCUAUAGUCUGUCGCACCCCAAAUCCGGGAAUGUAAUGGAAAGAGGUUGCAAAACUAAAGAUUUCUGCGAUAUUUACGCAUCGUGCAAAACAUGUACUUCAGACUUCUGCAAUUCGACGCCCACCAUUCUGCCGUCUUUCCUUUUAAUCGGUGUCUCUGCGCUUGUAGCAGGCAGGUUUUUCCGGGGAUGAAGAAUUUGAAUAUGCCAUAAGCUAACUAAUUUGAUGUACUUUUAAGAAACUGAAAUAAAACCCUUUUUUUUUACAAAAAUGUACUAGUGCUCCGGCUAUAACAAAUCUCUGAAUAAAUACGACGGACUCUUAUGGA